ACGAGACCGAGAGGCGGAGAGGGAGGGGUUAAACACUGAAGGAAAGUUUGUUUGGCUCCCUUAAAAGCAAUGGACGAAGUUUGUUAAGUCAUAAGGCUGGAGUCAGUUUUAAAUGCCGCCUACACGGAGAGAUUGUUGUAACACCCAAAAUGCAAAACAUGAACGUUUAAUCGUCUCGUCGGAGGGAUGUUGUUUGACAGAGAAACGUCUGCGCGUGAGGUGAUCGUAAGUUAGUUCAUAUGUAAUCACACUGAACGAUGGCUGAGGGAAACCACACAGUUGUGUACUUGUCAGAGCAGGUGAUCGUUUUGUUUUCGUGCGCGCUGUCGUUUCUAGGCUCCUCGCUCAUCAUCCUCACCUAUAUUAUUUGGUCAGACUUGAGAACGACUCCGAGGAAGCUCCUAGUUUACCUCUCGGUGUCUGACUGGCUCUCCGCCGUCUCCUACGCCUUCGGAGUCUGGAGAGUUUUUCGCACCAACUCGGUGGACUGCAUCGUUCAGGGGGCGAUAUCGACUUUCGCCAACACCAGCUCCUUUUUCUGGACGGUGGCCAUCGCUGUUUACCUGUAUGUUUUCAUCGUGAGGUCCAGCCAAAGAGUCGCUGACAGCCUGGUGUUGUUUUUCCACCUUGUCAGCUGGGGCGUUCCUCUGGCCAUCACCGUUGCAGCCGUGUCCCUGGGCAAGAUUGGCUAUGAUGCAUCAGAGGUGUCGGUGGGCUGGUGCUGGGUCAGUAUUGAUGCUUCUGACCGGGUCCUGUGGAUGCUGCUUACCGGAAAGAUCUGGGAGUUCAUGGCCUACCUCACACUCCCCGUCCUCUACAUCCUGAUCAAGAGACACAUCUACAUAGCGCAUGCUGCCCUGUCCGAGUACCGUCCUAUCUUGGGAAACAGGCCGCAGUCACACCCCUUCUCCUCCAUGGCUGAUGUGAAGCUUACGCUCAUUCCCAUUAUCUUCAUCGUCCUGCGCAUUUGGAGCACGGUGCGCUUCAUCCUGCUGCUAGCUGGCUCUUUGGCCAGACAGCACCCGCUGCUGGUCACUCUGCAUGGGAUUGGAAACACCUCGCAGGGAGCAGCAAAUUGCAUCAUGUUCGUACUGUGCACUCAGCCAAUCCGCACGCGGCUCUGCUCCGCAGUCUGCUGCUGCAACAAGUGUCAGGCGGAGGUGCAGUACUCCCAUGAUGCUCCUCCGAGCCUGCUGCCAGGACAGGACACCUCCGCACACACAGAAGAAGACAGCACCAGUCGAGUCCGGACUGAUCGAUGAUAUAAGCCUCUGGAGGUCACUGCUUCACAUUUAGCCUCAUUAAAGGACGUUCCUGCAGCGAGGGUUGGCGGUUCUGCAGGUGCUUCCACAUGUGCCUGUGUCACAGGAAAACGUCAACAUGCCUGCCCUGAUGAAGGUGAUGCUUCCUGACUAUACGAAUAUAUUGCACACAAAUAUUGUAGUUUGAUGGAAGGAUGUUACAACAAACUCACAAGUGCAGUUUUAGUUGUCUUUACAUGUGUUUUGGUGGCAUUUUGAGCACUUGUGCUAUCUGUGAAAGAACAUUAGCAGCUUUAUUUAUCCUGUACUGUGUGGAUUCACUUACGUAAAGGUUACUUACAUUCUGAGGUAUCACUGUGAGAUGAAUAUUCAGUUUUCACCUUGUUUACUGAGUAUUCAAGUUUUGUAAUGCUGGCAAACUGUGUGUGAAGGUAUUAAGUUAUAACAACUCUAAAAUUCUUACUUGAGGUGAAGUUAUUUUGACUGUUACUGUUACUGAAGUUUCCCAGGAAGCUUGAAGUGAUCACUUAUGACAAUUAAAGUCUAUUGGCUGAGAAAAGGUAGCUGUUUUCUUUGAAGAAAUGUCCCAAAACAGACUUAAUGUGACUUAAUGUGUUAAUCUAAAGUUUACAUCAGUUAGAGAGGAUUUGCCACAGUUGAGAAAAGACAUCAAUAUAAUCAUUCCAGUCCUGUAUUCUUAAUCUUCCCUAAACUGUACUUGGUUGUCGAUCUGUGUUCUCAGACAUUGUUUUGCUAAAAUUUGGCUCAAUAUAUAUUAUGUUACAGAGCUUUAUAGCUAUAAGAAAGGAAAUCUUUACGUAGUGGAGGGUGCGGAACGAAAUGCUUCCAUCAAAAAAUGUCCACACGGACUCAAGAUUGAACUCAGGAGAUUUUGGUGGUCAACGGUCACGUGACCUCACGGCAUCCCAUUCUUUUGAAGGCGAUAUCUCAGUAACACAUCAAAGGGAUUUCUUCAAAUCAGGCACAGACGUUGUUUAGCUUCAUAGACGAAAGGUCAGAGGUCAACUUCACUGUGUUGUCAUAACAUGCUGCUAAAAACGUUAUCCGUGGCUCAGGAGCAGCAACUUGUGACUGGUGCACGGAGGCAAACAACUGUGGUGCGGUAAUUCUAGUUUAUGAAUGUUUGGUAUUAUCUGAAGUGGAAACCUGUCACUGUUAUCCACUGUAUGUGGAAGGAGCUAAAACUGACCAUAACUGCUGUUCUGAUUCUUCUUUUGUUCUCGGAUACAGCUAACAUUUUACAUCCAUCACUGAAGCUGUACUUGUUUUAUAAAAAGAAUAUUAUUAUUUGGGGUAUAUUAUCACUUUAAAUGUUCAGUGUGUGGCAUUUAGGGGGCGCUAUAGGUAGUAAUUAAAUAUUAUGUUGUUAAUCAUGUUUUUUAUUAGUAUAUACACCAAGAGUUUUUAUUUUUGUUGUUACCUUAGAAUGAGACUUUUGUAUCUACAGAGUGAAGGGGUCAUGUGUGUUGCACCGCCAUGUUUUUAAAGUAGCUCAGAACAGAUGAACCAAACACUGUCUUGCCUUUUUCCCGAAUUUUUGUGUCCACUUUAGAAGGGUUAUAUAAGACAAACUGUAUUUUAUUGGUGCCAUUCUGCUGCCACACUGCUAGAUGCCACUUGAUCUUACACACUGGACUUCAAACUUAUUCUAUAGCGUAACCUUGUGUAUAAAAGUAAUUUCCAGCAUUCUGUGCAACAUGACUACUGGUGUGUUCAAAAGGUUUGUUUAUUAGACUUGGCCAUCUUUUUAAAAAUCAAUAAAUGAAAGUAAGAUAUGGACACAGUUUCA